AAUAAAAAUCAACCACAAUUUACUCAGCCUAUUUAUUCAGCGGUCAUUAAAGAAGAUACAGCACUCGAUACAUCAGUGUUAAAAGUGACUGCACGAGAUCAAGACAAUAAUGAAGAUGGACAAAUUACCUAUUCCAUUCUAUCAGCUACUCCCUAUUUUGGCUAUUUUACCAUUGAAUCGAAUACAGGAAUUGUGAGGACAACACGCAUAUUAGAUUAUGAAUUUACUACUCAAUAUUGGCUAACUAUACAAGCUCGAGAUGGUGGUACACCAAGUCGUUCAACAAUAUGUCGUACAAUUGUUCAAAUUGUUGAUGUCGACGAUAAUACACCACAAUUUGAACAAGUUGUUUAUAAUACAUCCUUGCCAGAAUCGUUACCUCCUAAUUCAUUUGUCACUGUUGUUCGUGCUAUUGAUAUUGAUAGUCCAUCUAAUGCUAUCGUAACUUAUAGCCUUGAUCCAAGUACAAUAACAAAUCCACCUACCUUCAGUAUCUCAGCCAAUGAUGGUAUAGUUCGAACCUUACGUCCAUUAGAUCGUGAAUUACGAUCUUAUUAUGAAUUAAGAGUGAUUACAUCAGCUCAAACAUCGACAUUAUUAACUAUUCGUGUUGUCGAUAUUAACGAUAACAUGCCAGAAUUUACAAGCUCUAAUUAUUUCAUAGAGGUACCGGAAAAUAUGGGCUAUAAUCCUAACUUACUUUGCAUUCAUGCUGUUGAUCAUGAUGAAGGUGACAAUGCACGCAUUAUCUAUUCCAUUACUGGUGGCAAUAGCGAUGGGUUAUUUAGUAUUCAUUCACAAACAGGUUUAUUAUCCGCUCAAAAUUUAAAUUAUGAACAACGUUCAAGUUACUUACUCAUCGUACGCGCUGUUGAUCAUGGUCGUCUUGGCUAUACAACAGCUCGUGCUAGUGUAAUGGUUACAUUACGUGAUGUUAAUGAUCAUCCGCCUGAAUUUUCUCAGACAAGUUAUUAUACAAAAAUUGGUGAAGAUGCGCCUGUUGGUACCACAUUAAUUCAAAUGAAUGCUACUGAUCCUGACCAUGGCAAUAAUGGCCAAAUUACCUAUAGUAUCGAUAGCUUUGGUAGUCCACAAUCGAAUAGUUAUUUUGCAAUUGAUCCCAAAACAGCCGUUAUACGGACACGACGUAGCUUAGAUUAUGAGCAACAACGCCAUCAUAGUAUAACAAUUCGAGCUGUCGAUGGUGGUACACCAAGUCGGCAAUCGCUAGCACGCGUUCAAGUUGCCGUCGAUGAUCGCAAUGAUAAUAAGCCCCAAUUUGUUGCUGAUACACCCAAAUUUCGCUUUAUUUUUGUCACUGUUCCUGUAGGUAAAGUGAUUGCUCGUUUAACUGCUACUGAUCCUGAUGAUGGUGCUAAUGGUCGUGUUACUUACAGCUUAGUUGAAGACGCAAGCAAAGAAGGUCGUUUCGAUGUUGAUUCGAUUACAGGCGAUGUUAAAGUAGUUAAACCAUUAAAUCGUAUCGAUUUCCAAUAUGGAUUAACUAUUCGAGCAACAGAUGGCGGGACUACACCCAAAUAUGAUGAAGUAACAUUAUUUAUUGGUAUUAAUUUUCCACCUGUAACACCACCUUAUUUUGUCCAGGCUAAUUUUUUGGUUGCUGUACGAGAAAAUUCACCUAUUGAUACAACUGUGACUAAAUUAACGACAACAUUAACCAAUCCUUAUUUUAUAAUUGCAUUCCCUAAUAUUACACAAUUUAAAAUUAAUCCAAGAACGGGUCUGAUCACUGUUGGUGCUACGAUCGAUCGUGAAGCUAAUAUGAAAUAUAAAUUAAUAACACAAGUAUCACCGAUUACAUCGGGGAUUGAUUUUACUACACGGAUAGUCGAAGUUACUGUUAUCGAUUUUAACGAUAACAAGCCAAUUUUUACCAUGCCAGCACCAUAUGAAGCAACAGUGAAUGAAAAUGCUGUUGUAGGCACAUCUGUUUAUCGUUUACGUGCAUCAGAUGCCGAUGAAGGAAGUAAUAGCCUAGUCGAGUACCAAUUAGAUCCAUCAUCAUCGGGCCCAUUUAGUGUUAAUCCAGUAACAGGUGUGAUUACAACUACAGGUGCAAAAUUGCAAUUAGGCCAACGAAUUCAAUUAGUUGUUCGAGCUGUGGAUAAAGGCAAUCCACCACAAACGAGCGAUGAUGCGGUUAUAUUAGUGCGUGUUGAAAAUCGUCCACCACAAUUUACACAAUCUCGUUAUCGAGCUACGGUUGCUGAAAGCCAACUGCGUAAUUUACCAAUCUUAACUGUUCGUGCUAUUAGUUUUUCAGGUCGUGGUAUUAUUUACUCCAUUCUAAAUGGGAAUGUUAAUUCACGCUUUACUAUUAAUGCAGAUACUGGUUUAAUUACAGCACCUUUCGGCCUAGAUUAUGAAAAUGAUCAACAUGAUUAUACAUUAACUAUUCGUGCAACAGAAAGUGAAGCAAAUCCUCUGUCAUCGCAAGUCCAAGCGACCAUUACUAUUACCGAUUCGAAUGAUUGUACACCACAAUUUACAAAAACUGAAUAUGAACCGAGCCAAGCUAUACCUGAAACCGCUUCCGUUGGUACCCAAGUUGUUCAAGUUAGUGCAACCGAUUGCGAUAGUGGUACCAGUGGCCAAUUACGCUAUUCUAUCCAAAGUGAAUAUUUUAAAAUUGACGAAGUUAGCGGUGCUGUCGAAAUUAGUAAACAGCUCAAUUAUGAAAAUAAACAAGUCUACAGUUUUAUUGUCACUGUUCAAGAUUUAGGAACACCAUCACGCUCUAGUCAAGCUCGUGUAACUAUCCCAGUUAUCGAUACGAAUGAUGAAGCACCCAAAUUUUCAUUAGAAAAUUAUCGUUUUAGCGUUGAUGAAAAUGCACCUGGUGGUGAAACAGUAGCCACAGUCAUUGCAUUCGAUUUAGACAGUAAAGUCAUAACUUAUACUAUCAUUGGUGGCAAUACAGAAGGCAAUUUUGUCAUCGAUUCUGUUUCUGGUGUCAUACGUUUACGUAGUAAUCCUAAUCCUAAUUUCCGUCAGCGUAGCUAUUCGUUAAGAGUAGCUGCAUCAGAUUCACGAUUAACUGGUUAUACCAAUGUCAUCAUUGAUAUUAAUGAUAUUAACGAUCAUAAACCAGUCUUUACUCAAUGCAAUACUUAUGCACCGACGAUAGCUGAACAUCAACCUUCUGGCUCAACAGUUCUUACUGUUACAGCAAGCGAUGAUGAUGAAGGUUCAUUUGGUCUUAUUUCUUAUUCCUUAGUUCUUGAUGCUAACCAGCCUAAACAUUUCAACAUCGAUGCCAAAACAGGGGCUAUCACAACCAAUCGUGAAUUUGAUCGCGAAAGGCAAUCGCUAUAUUCGAUUACUGUACGUGCCACUGAUGGUGGCAAUAACAGCAGUUUAUCUGAAGUCAUGAGUGGUUUUUGCACAUUUAAUGUACGCGUUACAGAUAUUAAUGAUAAUUCACCAAGCUUUGAAUUUAAGCAAUAUUUCGGCUCGGUGCUAUUAAAUGUACCCAUUAAUACACGUAUUAUCACUUUAGUAGCAUCGGAUAAUGAUACUGGCAAUAGUGGUGCUGUUACUUAUUCAUUGGAUCAAUCAGAUGAUGCCUUAUACUUCCAAAUUGAUCCAACUAAUGGUAUCCUAUCAACAGCGCGUUCAUUAGAUGGCAAUAAGCGUGAAUAUCGAUUUUUAGCUGUUGCAAUCGAUAAUGGUCAACCACCAUUACAAAGUGUUGCACCAGUGGUCAUCCAAGUCCAAACUAAUAACGCUGCUCGAUUUACACAAGAUCGCUAUCAAGCUCAAAUUGUUGAAAGUGCCAAUGUUGGUACAAUAGUAGCUACCGUUAAUGCCUAUAUGGCUGGUGAUGAUAGCAAUGCAUGGAUUGCAACGUAUGCUCUUGAGCCAGGCAAUCUACCCAAAACCAAUAAUCCACCUAAAUUUAGUAUUAAUAUUAUUACUGGUCAAAUUGGUGUUACAGAUAGCUUAGAUUAUGAAGUUACACCCCAAUUUGAAUUAAAAGUAAUUGGACGCUUAGAUAAUGGCAAUCAACAAGUAACCACCUUCUCUACGGUGAUUAUUCAAAUUAUCGAUGUUAAUGAUAAUCCACCACGAUUUACAUUGGCCUUAUAUUCUCAAUAUGUACGCGAAAAUACACCUGUUGGUACUCCGUUAGAAGGCAAUCAAAUUAAAGCGAUCGAUCGUGAUGGUAAUAGUAGUACAUUAAUUAUUUAUUCACUUGUUGAAGAUAUACCUGCAUCACGAGGUAAAUUUUUAAUUAAUGCGCGUACUGGACAAAUUCGAACUGCAGUAGUUUUCGAUCGUGAAAGUUCUUUACGAUAUUAUACUGUCAUCGUCAAAGCAACGGAUAAUGGAAAACCACCGCAAUCUUCAACUUCCUCUGUUCGUGUCCAAAUAUUAGAUGUCAAUGAUUCACCACCUCGAUUUGCAGAGCAAUAUUAUACGGCAACGGUAGCUGAAAAUGUGGAAACUGGCUAUGUUGUCACCACUGUUACUGCUACCGAUGAAGAUUCCAGUGAGAAUACGAAAUUAUCCUAUUUCUUUAUUAAAGGAAAUCAUGACAGCCGCUUUGCUGUGGAUAAUAACGGUCGUAUUACUGUUGAGAAAUAUUUAAAUUACGAAAAAGAAACAAGUUAUUCGUUAACAUUGCAAGCAUUCGAUGGACGCUUCUAUGGUACAACGAUUGUUAAUAUUAGCGUUACGGAUGUCAAUGAUAACCGUCCACAAUUUACUAAAUUUAGCUACACAGCACGAAUAAAAGAGGAUACACCAAUAGGUACAACGUUAUUCAACAUUUACGCAACAGAUCCCGAUAAAACAGUUGGUAAUCUCUUAACUUAUAGCUUAAGAGGUCAAGGUAUUACCGAUGUCGAUCCACCAUUAUUUAUUGUCGAGCAAACUGGUGUAGUUAAAACUAAUGCACGAUUGGAUCGUGAAACCAAAGAUGUCUACGAAUUUAGUUGUGUUGCUACCGAUAAUGGCGAACCACAAUUAUCUAGUUUUGCUGAUUGUCGAGUUUAUCUCGAUGAUGUUAACGAUGAAAGACCUUAUUUCCCUGAUCAACCUUAUAUUGGUUAUGCACUAGAAAAUGCUCCUCCACCCGUUAAUGUACGACCAGUUACUGCACUUGAUAAUGAUAUUGGCAAUAAUUCACGAUUUAUUUAUAGCUUAGUCGAUGAUGCUGAUGGUACUUUUACUAUCGAUGCUGAUAAUGGUAUGAUUAAGACACAACGCCAACUUGAUCGUGAAGCAGUGGCCAAUUAUACAGUUAUCGUAAGGGCUACAGAUCGUGGCCAACCACCAUUAUCAGGACAAGUUAACGUAUUAAUCCAAGUCACCGAUUCGAAUGAUCACUCACCCCAUUUUAAAACUUCUAUGUUUUCAGCCAAUAUAUCAGAACAUGCACCAUUAGGAUUUCCAAUACUACGUUUAGAGGCAAGCGAUAAUGAUAUUGGCUCUAAUGGAGCUCUACUUUAUUCUAUCAUCUCAGGUAAUACACCAGUUCAAUUUGCUGUCGAUGCUGAAAGUGGUUUGCUAACCGUCAGUGAGAAUAAAUUAGAUUAUGAAUCCAAGCAAUUUUAUAAUUUAACGGUUAUGGUCCAAGAUCGUGGUGUACCAACGUUGAAAGACACUGCUUAUAUUGAAAUCUAUAUUGGCGAUUUUAAUGAUAUACCACCACGAUUUACUAAUCCAACCAGUCAAAAUAUUACCAUUAGUGAAGCAGCUCGACCUGGUUUAUUUGUGACUCAAGUUAUUGCAAGCGAUCCAGAGCAAGGUCGUAAUGGGGAACUCUUCUAUUCUAUCGUUGCUGGCGAUCCAAUUCAAUCCUUUGCAAUCGAUCCAUUAACGGGUGUUAUUACUGUUAGGUUGCCACUCGAUCGUGAAAUUUUUAUACCUUUACGUUAUCAUGGUAAAAUUAUGGAAAAUAGGAAAAAAACACAAAAUGUGACCCAAUUAAAAGCAAUCGAUCCUGAUUCUGCUAAUAAUGGUGCACCAUUUACCUUUACCUUGCUU